CUUCCACGCACUCACUAUCAGGCGACACCCCCUCCUCUGCGGCUUUUGAAGCAGUGGGUCAAACAACGACGCUAACACUGGAGCUGUAAAAUUAACUACGGGGACUCCCGUUUAAAGCGCCGCAGCAAGCUGACCAGCUAGCGCAGUGUGAUCACUUGCGACUCUCUCUGAAGCGACUUUCUGUUUCGGAGAAGUGCAAAUUGAUAUCCCCAAAAAACCACCACUGCCGCUGCCACACAUCCACCAAAAAUCCUCCUAAAUCGAAGCAAUAAUGGUGCAAAAUAAGAUCGCCGAAGUCACUGGAUUCCACCGCUCUUUCAAGGGCCAAAAUCCCUUUGAAUCUGACGACUUCACUAAAAAUGGAUCCCAUCUUAUUGAUUCGUCUUUUAAUUUUGAUUCCUCCCCAAGACAUGACAUAACUUCCAGCCAGCCUAUUGACAUCCCCGAUGCCAAGAAGAGAAACAAGAAGAAAAAGCGUUGCCGUGCAACUGACAGUUUCUCUGGACGAUUCGAGGAUGUCUACAGACUGCACGAAGAGCUACUAGGAGAGGGUGCUUAUGCAAGAGUGCAAACGUGCUUCAACCUCAUCACCAACAAAGAGUAUGCCGUCAAGAUCAUUGAGAAAAGACCGGGUCACAGCCGCAGCCGUGUCUUCCGCGAGGUUGAGAUGCUCUAUCAGUGCCAGGGCCACAGUAACAUCCUGGAGCUGGUGGAGUUCUUCGAAGAGGAAGAUAAAUUCUACCUGGUGUUUGAAAAGCUUAGAGGAGGUUCGAUCUUGGCACACAUUCACAAGAGACGACACUUCAGUGAACAGGAAGCCAGUGUUGUGGUGCAGGACAUCGCAAGCGCUCUAGAUUUCCUGCAUAACAAGGGAAUGGCACAUAGAGACCUAAAACCUGAAAACAUUCUCUGCAAGAGUGCAGACAAGAUUUCCCCGGUCAAGAUCUGUGACUUCGACUUGGGCAGUGGUAUCAAGCUGAACAGCGACAGCUCACCCAUCUCCACCCCUGAGCUCCUCACUCCUUGUGGCUCGGCAGAGUACAUGGCACCUGAGGUGGUUGAGGCCUUCAGCGAGGAGGCCACAAUUUACGACAAGCGCUGUGACCUGUGGAGCCUUGGAGUCAUCCUCUACAUCAUGCUGAGCGGCUACCCACCAUUUGUAGGCCGCUGUGGUGGUGGCUGUGGCUGGGAAUUAGGGGAACCCUGCCACACCUGCCAGAACACUCUGUUUGAGAGUAUCCAGGAAGGAAAAUACGAGUUUCCAGAAAAAGACUGGGCUCACAUCUCCUCAAGUGCCAAAGACCUAAUAUCCAAACUUCUGGUUCGGGAUGCCAAAAAUCGCCUGAGUGCCAGCCAGGUGCUGCAGCACCGCUGGGUGCAGGGGGGUGCAUCGGACACUUUAUCAACAUCCAUCCUGCAUCAAAGAACCAGCAAUGCCAGGGAUCUGACAUUCUUUGCCGACAAGGCUAUGGCUGUGAACAGGCAGCUUGCUGAACAGGAUGACAUGGAAGACCAGCAGCAGCAGGAGGUCCCGUUUGUUAUUACCGCUACUGGCGCUUCUGUUCGCCUCUCUCUUUCUUCCAACUCCAAGCUGGCCAGGCGCAGGCAGCAAAACAGCCAGCCCAAGGGAGGGCCCGUCUCUGCUGCAGAGCUUUGCCAGCUCCUGGCCCCUCUCGUUAUCGUGGGAGACUGUGCCUGAACUUUGUCAACCGUGAACGUCGACCUUCCGUAAAGAUUAAAGUCCAGAUCGAAGACUACCCUGAGACACUCUUGCUCCUCAAUACUGGCCCCCCUCUCUGACUCUAGCUGGCCUUGGUUCUUCUGCCAUUCAGGCUUUCUUGCCUCGCUGUAAAGGGAGAUGCUGCUUGCAGCCCUUCCUCUAAAUGCCUUCUGCCCUUCUGCAGCACUUCUGAAGCACAUCAGCCCAGGGCCUGCAGAUAACAAACGCACAAACACACACUCAUAUGUGCAUGUUAAUGUUGGGGAGGAGGGUCAGUUAAUGAUUUGGGAAAGGGAAGUAUUUCCUAAGCCAUGUUUUAUUUUUCUUCAUAAAACUCAGUUCAGAAGAAAGCAGAACACUUAUCUUCGAAACACAAAGCUCAGACACCAAAGGACAACCUGUUGUGCUGCUCCCACAUUACAACUGGAUCCACUGUGAAUUAAUUUAUCUGGAAUGUUCUUUGCCUGUAUGUUUAUGCAUGAAUGGCCCAUCAGCAGAUACGUACAAGCUUAUGCAAUAUGCCAAGAUGAAGGCUGUUCCUGUCUCGAAGGGAUUCAUUAUAAAAGGGGUUGGAAGGGCUGUAAGCCAAUGCUGUCCGUGCCUGGUGCGGUCCAUUAAUAUGGCUGGGGACUUCAAAGAUUAUUUUUGUCUCCAUUUAAGAUAAAUUCCUCAACACUGAGCCUCCUCUAUAAAUGUCUGAGAUAAAACAUGCACUCAUCUAGAUUGGUGGCCAUGCACUUAAUGCUCCCAGAGCAAAGAAUGUUCAUCUGUACCCAGCUGGCCACAACUUGUUCUUGCACCGAUUCAUACAGUUUAUAACGUAUAUGCCAAAUUAUUAGUGGCCACAUCAUUCAGUGUUUUAUAUGAGACCAUCAGGCGAGUCUAAUAGUAUUUGAAUUCAACUAUUGUACUUGGUUUAUGAUACAUGGCCGCCCCAAAAUGACACUUCUGAGCUAGCUCUUAAGUAUAUCUGGUAUGUUGGUACAAGCUAAAAUGGCUAAGCAAGUGAAACUGGGUCAGUGUUACUUUCGUUGUAAAGAAUUAAUGACAUGUCCCCUUGCCACAACCAGAACUUGUAAUUUUCUUUUUUGUAAUUUUUGUUUUUCAAAAUCGAUGAAUUGGAUUUAACCUUGAAUAUUUUGACAGUAAAGGUUACAAGCACAUUUUUGCCAAUGUGACCCGAGUGUCAUUUAUUUGUUUAUUGAAUACAUCAUUGUCUUUUUGUUUAAGGCACCCUUUCAAAAAUAAGCUCAUAAAUUCUCAUUAGAAGAAACGUAAAAAAAAAAAAGGAAACAUUCCACUAAAGGAAAAACAAAGUCUUCCGGACGUGUAGCUGUGUUAAGUUUACUUUAAUUUUCAUGUUCGAAAACUCCAUGUCAUUGUGCCACUGAUUUUUAUUUUUCCCAUUUUAAUUUUUUUUGAAUGGCUGUUGAGCUUUUAUUUUCUAUGAUUUUUCAUGCAGGUUCAGGUGAAACACCGGAUGUUUUCCUUGUUUUGUGUUUUCAAAAGUUCUGAGUCUGUGGUGUAUGAGGUGAGAUGGGGAAAGUGUUUGUUUAGUUGAUCUGGAGCGUUCAUGCCCAGUAAAGGAGUUUUUAUUUUGUUUAAGAGUUAGCAAUAAUUUUUUUUUUUUAUAUUCCAAUUAAGUUUAAGUUCAUUCUGAAACUGAUAGGUAAUGGCCUGGUGAUGAGGUCUCGCAACACUGUAACCAUUUCACCAAAGAGGGUUCAAGUCUUGAUUGAACAUGUGACCAUUACCUAGAAGUGGGGACUUCUGAUUUCCCAUGUCCUGUUGCCAGCACUGCAGGAAUGGUACUCUGGAAAUGGCUCUCUUGGUGUCAUUUUUGCUGAUAAUAGGACACUGUAAUAGUUCUAAAAUACCUUUCUACAGAUGCAUUGUUAUGGGUUUUAUGUCUUAUAAUAAGACUACUUGAAUUUGUGUAUGCAACUGUUUCUUCUCCAUUUGGGAAAGGAUUUUGCUAAUCGGUAAUCUCAAAGCAUUAAGACGAUGAUCAAGGAUAUCUUGGGGUUACUUAAUACAGUUCAGUAUUCUGCCUUUUUCUCUUGAGCAUCAGACGAGUUUGUCCCUACUUUUUGAGAGGGUUGGUGACUCAAACGCACAGAUUUUGGCCAUACUCUAAUCUCCUGAAUGAUAUACGAGUUUCCUGGUCAUGACCAUUUCUACUUUUGUCAAAUGGCAGUAGCUUGCCUUUUAUUGGGGUGGCUAAUGGGGCAAAAUUAUAUCCCUAAACCUCGCAAUUUUUAUAUUGUAAGUCAUUUUGAAGUAAGGAAGUAUUCAAAUGGACAGUCCAUCAACCUCCCCACUAUUUGAAUGUAGCCCACAGGCAAAAGCAUUUACAAUCCAGCAUCAUUGAUCAAAUGUUUUAUAAAUUGUUCUUUUCAUGGACAUUGUGUGGGGGUUAUUCUAUCGACAUUGAUUCAGUACUCAAUUUUGUUUAACGAGAAGAAGUAAAUGCAUUCUUUUUAAUGACAAAACAUUGAUUUAAAAUAAGCACUUUACUGUACCAUGUGGAUGAUUGCAGCUCACACAAGGCAACAUUUAUGACGGUUGCUGCAGAAUUUUGUAUUUUUCAAAAAAAAAAAUUGCAAUAAAACGCUUUAAACUAAA